AUGCCAGCAUGCGCAACGGAAUGCUACGAAUCGAGUAUCACCACACAGACUACCUGCACGCCAGCAGAUGUAACCUGCAUAUGCGCAGACCAGAAAUACCUCGAUACUACCAAUAAAUGCAUCAAGUCAUCAUGCACUGUCAGAGAAGCUUUGGUUGCCCAAAACACCACAGCAACCAUUUGCGACCGCCCCAUCCGUGACAGAACAUACAUCUCCCCAAUCAUAACUGGGGUCUCUGGCGGCGCCGCGCUAUUCUCCGUCGCAGCGCGGUGCUAUAUCGUAGGCAAAGGCUUUGCUAUCGAUGACUUUUUCGCCGUGCUCGCCUUCAUCAGCGCCAUUCCACUAGGCGUAAUGCAAUUCUUGAGUUUAGAUGCCGGCAACGGAAGAGACACAUGGACCGUCACUCCCGAGAACAUUACUCUAAUCAUGAAAUAUACAUGGAUAGCCGAGAUAUCGUACUCGGUCGCGCUCCCCCUGACGAAAAUGUCGUUUGUCGCCUGCUGCCUCCGUAUCUUUCCCAGUACCGAGUUUCGCCGGCGCGCCUACGUCGUAAUGGCGCUGUGCGUGGCCUACGGCAUCAUCUUCACCGCUGUCACCUUCUUCAACUGCACGCCCAUCGACUACAUAUGGACGAACUGGGACGGCCAACACAAAGGGACCUGCAUCAACUUCCACAUCUUCGCCGCCUCGGCCGCAGCCGUCAACAUCGUGAUUGAGAUUCUAGUGCUCGCACUCCCGAUUCCCGAGUUACUGAAGCUAGCAAUGAGUUUGCGGAAUAAGCUUUACAUCAUUGCCAUGUUUAGUGUUGGCGUUUUUACACUAAUCGUCGCCAUUCUCCGCCUGCAAUCCCUCGUCAUCUUCAAAAAAUCCUCAAACCCAACCUGGGACUACGUCCCUACCGCCUACUGGUCCACCCUCGAAGCCUUCGUCGGCGUCUUCUGCGUUUGCAUGCCUGCCCUCCGCCGCUUCCUCAACCUCAUCUUCCCCCGCUGCUUUGCCUCAACACAGCAGAACUCGCGGUAUAAUUUGUACGAGGACGGGCCUGCGCUGCCGAAUCGCGUCUCGCAGGGUCCGCCGAGGGACUCGAAACCUAUCAGUCUGGCGUCUGGUGGGAGGUUUGGGCUGGAGACGGAGGUGUACACGACGAUUGUGGAGACGCCGGCGGAAAGUAGGGAAAAUUUGAAGGAGGAGGAUGAGAGGGUUAUGCUGGCUGAUAUGGGGAGUACAAGGGCGGAGGGGAAGAUGGUAUGA